UGAUAGCAAUGGUGGUGGGUUGUGGUGUGGUGUUGUUAAUAAAGUGUGAAGAUGGAAUGGAAUGGAAAAAAACAUGGGGGGACGGAUGAAAUGAUUUUGAGGAAAUGAAAUGUAUUUUAUAAUGAACGAUUCCAUUCUAUCGACCAAUGAAACACUCUUUUCUUCAUUCCCUCACAAUGGUCCAUUCCAUUUCACCUCUCAAUCCUGCAUACCAAACGCUACCUAAGGGUGUAGGGAGUGGUUAGACACCUUGAAUAGGUAAACUACCAAAUCACCUAAUCAUAUAGCGUCAUGUCAAUUGUUUACCUAAUGCUAAAAAACGUUGCGAUGGUUUACCUAAUGGGAUUUGGUUAACUAUUUAAAAAAAAAAAGAAAAAAUAUGUGAUUGGUUGAGAAAGCAUGGACCCCACCACACAACCCUCUCUCUCCCCUUCCCUCCCUUCACCGAGUCGGUGAACCUUCACCGAUUUCUCCCCCAAAAUCGGUAAUGUUGGAACGGUAAACAAAUGUGGCGGUGGUCACCGAUCGGUGUCGACCACCUUUACCGACUCGACACCAUAAACCCUAAUUAAUUAAAUAUACACAGUGGAGGUAAUAAUGAUUUUCCAAAUUCCAAAGCAUGUCGAUUGAAAUUCUCUCCAUGGCACCAUAUGCAACGUUUCAUUGCUCAAUACAUCAUCUAUCUAUAAAGCCCUUCUGUCGACUGUCCGCUCCUGUAAUAAUCUCCUCUUGCUUUUUUCAACCGACGAAUGUCGUCGUCGUGGAUUAACCGGCCACCGCUUCAAGCGCUUACUAUCUAAGUUUCUUCAUCGCUUCAUUUGUGUUUCGUGUUCUGCUGAUUUUCUUUACCAGAGCACUAUUAUGGAGUAUCAAAACCCAACAAGAACUCGAAGCCUGAAUUCGGAUAUCAUCAGCACCCUUCCUCAAAACAUUAUUGAAGAUAUUCUAACUCGUAUGCCACUCCGAAGUGCACUGAGAACGAGUGUUUUGUCAAUGAAAUGGCGGUAUACUUGGCGGGGUAUGCCUAAACUUGUAUUUACAGACGAUUUGGUUGCAUCUAAUCAUCUUUCCAGACAGUUGAAAAAGUAUAAGCUUGUCAAUGCCAUCUUACAUGUUUUAUUAUUCCACAAUGGUCCGGAGACACUAGAGUUCGACUGUUCGGUUGUUCGUCUUCAUAUGGAGUCUGAGUUUGCCCAAAUAAUAAGCUAUCUUGCAAGGGGAAAUACAGUGAAAAAAAUUAUCUUUAUUAGUGAUAAUAGAUCCUUCAAGUUACCGGUUUCUUUCUUUGCAUUGCAAGGAUUAGAAGUUGUACAUCUUGAUACUUGUACUUUGGAACCACCAUUGACGUUUAACGGGGCUAGUUCGUUGACAAGAAUGACUUUUCGGAAUGUUGAGGUUUCUGCUCAAGUGCUUCAACGUUUCAUUUCCAAGUGCUCGUUGCUUCAUUAUUUCGUUUUGGUAGAACUAGAAAAAGGCAUUGAGUCUGUACCAGAAGGAAACAAUUUUACAUUUGUUGAUCUUUUUCAAUGUGUUCCUUUGCUUAAUACUUUUGCUAUCACAAAGCAUUAUAUGAAGUACUUGUGUGCAGGUGGCAUGCCAUAUAAGCUUUCAACUUCACUUGUCCAUCUCAAUUAUCUGUUUUUGAAUGUGUGUUUGGUGGAACAAAAUGAGAUUUCUUCUGCCCUUUGUAUCAUCAGGAGCUCCCCUGUGUUGGAGACUAUGAAAUUUCUGAUGUAUGAUAAUGAAAAACUGCCUGUUCAACAAACUGCCACCAACUUUCUUGAUCUGGAAGGCUACCCAGAUAUGAAGUUGGAUCAUCUUGAGACGUUUUGGAUAAAUAACUUUAGUAACUUACCUCUUGAGAUGGAAUUUGUGAGGCUCAUUAUGGCCAAAUCACCUGUGCUAAAGAAAGUUCGAAUUUUGCUUAACGACAAUGUUUCCGUUGAUGAAGAAGUGAAGAUGCUUAGAGAGUUGGUUUCAAACCCAAUUCCGCGGGCAUCACCUUCUGCAAAGUUAACCAUUGUACGCCCAGAAACUUCUUAAUGAAGGCGGUUAUUUUAAUGACGCUAGUUAAUUUCCUUAGUUCGUUUGAUGAUGAUGCUAGUUAAUUUUCUCAUUUUGAAUGCUUUUAAGGACUAUUUUGUUUGUGUUUUGAUAAUGCCAUUUUGUGUUAUCUAUGAACAAUUAGUUUGUAAGAAGUAAUAGACAACUGUUUUAUUUUGACCUUCUUCUAUCUAGCACCUAUUUGUACCGAAUGGAAACAUGUUUUUACCCUUCUGAAUGUCACAAGGUUUUGCAAAA